AUGAGUACCGCUGGGUUUCUUAUCCGUUUUACCAACUUCUUCUUCCGUCUUUUCCAGCUCGCCGCGUCAGCCAUCAUCCUGGGCAUAUUUUCUUAUUUCCUCGCAGUCCUCACCGACCAUAACAUGCCCAUUGCACGAUGGGUCAAAGCUGUUACGGGCAUUUCCGGUGCAGCAACUCUAUACACACUGACGGCGUCGAUACUCACACUCUGCAUUGGAGGGAUAGCAUUCUUUGCAGCAUUGAUGCUUGUUCUCGACAUUUGUUUUGUCUGUGGUUUUGUUGCGAUUGCGAUCAUGACACGACAUGGCGCAAAUUCAUGUUCUGGGAUCGUUGUCACUCCUUUGGGUACUGGAGCUGCGAAUCAACCCGCUCCCGGCUUCGGAGAGGGCGGCUUCGGUACUGGAGGUGAUAGGCACUUCACAUAUAUGCCGAGCUUAGGAUAUGCUUGUCGAUUGCAGAAGGGAUCUCUCGCCGUUGCUAUCAUUGGGUGCAUACUCUUCGCGCUCUCCCUAUAUCCCCAAAUCCUCUACGCUCGCCAUCACAAACGUGGCAAGCGCUUCGGCCCCUCACCUGGAAACAACUAUACAGAAGGCCCCAGUCGCACUGGAGGACGAUCUUUCUGGGCCUUCGGCCGCCGCCGCAGCCCAGAAACUUCCAUUGGUCCCUCCACAGGUGCUGCAGCCAACAGCUACCCACCAGGAGCCGAUGGCGUAACCGGCGACGAUCAAGACGAGAAACCGUAUUCUCGUUACGCUAAUGUGUUUAGACGGGGGAAGCAAUCACAUGGCUCGACGGCUGGUGGUUCGGGUACUGACGCCCAGCCUCAGGCCGGUGGAUAUGGUGCGCCUGCGACUGGUACGCAAGCAUAUGGUGAGACACCUGCGGUUGGCAUGCCUGGGGCUGGAGUUGAUACCACUCCAGGAGUAGGAGGGUUUGGAGGUGGAGGUGGAGGUGGCGGGAGUGCUGGGUAUGCAAAUUAUGGAUAUGGCCAGAGCGGCGCUGUGGAGGAUGGGUAUUCUUAUGGGUAUGGGGCCAGACCGCAAUAUGAAACUGCGCAAUUCCCUGUGUCUUCGGGCCAAAGAGAUUUCUAA